CGCCGACCACCUGGACGAAGCAGUGACCCACACUCUCUUCCGUACCUCCCCAUUAGAGCUCGUACCACGCCUUUUCAGAUGUUCUGUAUCAACCAGCCGGGCUCCCCCAGAAACCUUAUCAGUCAGUUCUGGGUCUUGGUCCAGUACCAGGAGCAGAUGGGAUCGGGUGCUUGGGCCCUGGUUAUGAUAAAAGAGGUGAAGACCUGGGUACUCUGGACCCAGGUGCACUGGGAAUUCGUUCCCGAAUGCCGCUGUUUAUUCCCUGCAGGCUGUGUGGGAAUUGACUUGCUCUCUGUGUAUCAGUUUCUCUCGUCUGUAAAGUGGAGCUUAGGGGCAGCUUUCCUCCGUGAGGUGGUGAGGGAUCCUGCUCUCUCCCAGGCCACUGUGGACAUGUGCAAGGGGCCCACCCCUGGGUCCAGAUGACACUCAUGUCGAUGGCUUCAGUGAUGGCGGUGACUGAACCAAAAUGGGUCUCAGUCUGGGGCCGCUUCCUGUGGGUGAUACUGCUGAGCAUGGUGCUGGGCUCCCUGAUGGCCCUGCUGCUGCCGCUGGGGGCCAUGGAGGAGCAGUGUCUGGCUGUGCUCAAAGGCUUCUACCUGCUCAGGAGCAAGUUGGACAGGGCCCAGCCUGCUGUCACCAAGUGCACCAGCCCAUCCACGGAGCUCAGUGUCACCUCCAGGGAUGCAGCACCGCUGGUGGUCAAGACCAAGGCCUCUCCAGCCAGCAAGUUAGAAGCCAAAGCAGCUUUGAACCAAGCCCUGGAAAUGAAACGCCAGGGCAAGCGGGAGAAAGCCCACAAGCUCUUCCUGCACGCCCUCAACAUGGACCCGGGCUUCGUGGACGCGCUCAAUGAGUUCGGCAUCUUCUCAGAAGAGGACAGGGACAUCAUCCAGGCUGACUACCUGUACACCAGAGCACUGACCAUCGCGCCCCACCACAAGAAGGCGCUGGUCAACCGCGACCGCACGCUGCCGCUGGUGGAGGAGAUUGACCAGCGGUACUUCAGCAUCAUCGACAGCAAAGUGAAGAAGGUCAUGUCCAUCCCCAAGGGCAACUCGGCACUGCGCCGGGUCAUGGAGGAGACGUACUACCACCACAUCUACCACACAGUGGCCAUCGAAGGCAACACUCUCACCCUCUCAGAGAUCAGGCACAUCCUGGAGACCCGCUACGCCGUGCCGGGGAAGAGCCUGGAGGAGCAGAAUGAGGUCAUCGGCAUGCACGCGGCCAUGAAGUACGUCAACACGACGCUGCUCUCCCGCAUCGGCUCUGUCAGCAUCAGCGACGUGCUGGAGAUCCACCGGCGGGUGCUGGGGUACGUGGAUCCCGUGGAAGCUGGCCGCUUUCGCACGACCCAGGUCCUGGUGGGCCACCACGUCCCGCCCCACCCUCAGGAGGUGGAGAAGCAGAUGCAGGAGUUCAUACAGUGGCUCAACUCGGAGGACGCCAUGAACCUGCACCCGGUGGAGUUUGCGGCCCUGGCCCACUAUAAACUCGUCUACAUCCACCCCUUCAUCGACGGCAACGGCAGGACCUCGCGCCUGCUCAUGAACCUCAUCCUCAUGCAGGCAGGCUACCCGCCCAUCACCAUACGCAAGGAGCAGAGGUCCGAGUACUACCACGUGCUGGAGGUGGCCAACGAAGGCGACGUGAGGCCGUUCAUCCGCUUCAUUGCCAAGUGCACGGAGACAACCCUGGACACCCUGCUCUUUGCCACCACAGAGUACCCUGUGGCACUGCCAGAGGCCAGACCCAACCACUCUAGGUUCAAGGAGACGCUGCCUGUGAAGCCCUAACGCUCUAAAUCCUCCCUUGGUGGCAAAGGAUGUCCCGGGGGGAAUAAAUCCAAGAAACUCAGCGAUUCUAGAAACCUAGUCAUCUCCCAGAGUAAAAGGAGAUGGGUAAGAAACUUAAAAUUCUUUAUCUCCAAAUGCUUCUUUAAAGAAGGAAACUAAGUUAUUAAGCCUUGUCCCUAAGAUAACUUAUAAUUGAGCCCAGUUAUUUAUUUCCCUCAGAGCUGGUUAAACGUGUGCUGUCUGUGCUGGUGGCCCCGAUCCUUGGGGUGGCCCCAGCAGGCUUUGGGGGCAUCAGUGCUCCUUGUGUGACCAGAAUACAGGUUCUGGAGCAGAAUCUGCACUGCACUGAGGUGGGGGAGCUGUGGGAUGAGGUCCGGAGGAGUAACCCCUUGCAGCCCUUUCUGGAACCGGCCGCGAGGGUCUGUGAGUACCUGAGAGAAGUCCGCACGGCUGAGGAGAACCCGGUCGCAGUUGUGAGAAGUGACUGAAAGCUUCCUUUCGUACAGGCAUUGGCUCCCCUACCAAGAGGUUAGUGUUGUGACUAAUCCUUACCGGUAGAGCAAAUUUCUGAGAUAUGAAAUGAACGUUUACAGUAUCUAGUUAGAUACCUCGCUUAUUUCAAGGAAGGUUCUUUGAGCCAUAGUUUGCAAACUCCAGUACCAGAGGCUGUUAUUUUGCCACGUGGGCCGUUUCUCUAAUUAAGAACAGGGGCGUGGCUAUCCUGGGUGCUUUGUAUUGAUGUUUCUCACAUUUGCAGCAAUUCAGACCAGAUGUUUCUUCUUCUGGGUUUGUCACCUAACAAUUAAAUCCUGCUGCAAAUCUGAAGACAGUCAGUCCCCAACAAGCAUCUGUGAGGAGUCAGAGCGCCAGUUCACAGGAGCCGAGAAGCACUUUUGACCACAGCCAGGAUGCGUCCCUUUAAUCCACUCACCUGCCCCACAGCCACUGUCCCCUCGGAAGCAGAGCAGAUUGCCUUGGAGUGGCCUUAUGUUCCUGGCAACUUGUUAGAAGAUAAAAUGUUACAUGUAACUAAAGCCAAGUUUCCAAGUUGGCUGCUGCUGUUUAGUCUGAAUUUCUGAAAGAUUAGUAAAGUGAAAAGAUGUAUGAACUGGCCCCAAGUAAUAGUUAUUCAAACCUUGAUAAAAAGUGUAUUUGUAUGCUGCCAUUAGGUAUUUCUUAAACCUUAACUCUUCUAGUCGUCUUGCUCUUUAUAAGCACACCAAGGAAGCCUGACAGAAGUGCUUGCUUUGUACCAGAGGGAGAAAUUUGCACUUUAGCUAUGUGAAGGGUAUUAUUUUAACAAAUUACUAAUAAAGUAUUUUGUUACAUAAA